AGGAUGGCAUUACGGAAAGUGCGAAGUAAUAUCGACCGUUUAUUCGAUAAAAGUUUAACUGAUCUCAUCAGAGGAAUCAGAAAUAACAAAGAUAAUGAGGCACGUUACAUCUCAUCAUGUAUCGAAGAAAUAAAAAUGGAGUUGCGACAGGAAUCAACGUACGUGAAGGCAAAUGCUAUCGAGAAGCUUGUUUACUUGCAAAUGCUGGGCUAUGAUAUAUCAUGGGCUUCGUUCAACAUCAUUGAAGUGAUGGCGUCAACGAAAUACACUGAAAAACGAAUCGGGUAUUUGAGUGGAUCACAGUGCUUCAACGAGAGCACCGACGUGUUAAUGCUGACAACGAAUAUGAUUCGAAAAGACCUUCAUUCAGCGAAUAUUUACGACAUCUCAGUUACUCUGAAUGCACUUUCAUGUUUUGUCACUGUUGACUUGGCUCGUGAUCUCUGCAACGAUAUCAUUAAUCUUUUAUGUUCUAGCCGUCCAUACAUACGCAAACGUGCUGUUCUCUUAUUGUACAAAAUUUUUUUGAAAUAUCCAGACUCAUUGAAGCCAACUUUUGUGCGUUUGAAAGAACGACUGGAAGAUUCCGAUCCAGGUGUUCAAAGUGCAGCCGUGAAUGUAAUAUGUGAGUUGGCUCGUAAAAAUCCAAAGAAUUACGUGACAUUAGCACCAGUAUUUUUCAAGUUGAUGACUGCCUCUUCAAACAAUUGGAUGUUGAUUAAGAUCAUCAAAUUGUUUGGUGCAUUAGUUCCUCUUGAACCACGCUUAGGUAAAAAGCUUCUUGAGCCGUUAACGAAUCUCAUUAAUAGUACAUCUGCAAUGUCGCUGCUGUAUGAAUGUAUCAAUACAGUUAUUGCUGUAUUGAUCAGUGUUUCAUCAGAUGCUCCCGGAGAUCAUACUGCUAGCAUACAAUUGUGUGUUCAAAAAUUGGGUGUUUUAAUAGAGGACUCGGAUCAGAAUUUGAAAUAUCUUGGGUUGUUGGCCAUGGGUAAAAUUCUGAAGACACAUCCAAAGGCAGUGCAAGCACAUAAAGAUAUUGUGCUACGGUGUUUGGACGAUCGAGAUGAAAGUAUUCGAUUAAGAGCAUUGGAUCUGUUGUAUGGUAUGGUAUCAAAGAAGAACAUAAUGGAGAUCAUUCGUAAGUUGAUGGAGCACGUGGACCGCUCAGAAGGAUCCUAUUAUCGGGACGAAUUGCUGGCCAGGAUCAUCUCAAUCUGCUCAUACAAUAACUACCAGUAUAUAUCUGUGUUGGUUGAAUUAACAAAAGUGGAAGGAUCAAAGCAUGGCGCAAUGAUCGCUGAACAGACGAAAAUCUCGGGCAUGCCAGGCCACAUCCUGAGCGUUUAUAUUCAGAAUAUAUCCAAAUUGUAUUCGGUGAUUAUUACCAAAUACGAAAUGGAUAAUGAGUGGGAAGGAAUCGAAUCCAUUGACAAUCUCUUACUCUCCAAACUACCUGAGUUUCAACUCUCGGAUCAUUUAGAAGCUCAAGAGCGGGCAUGUACAUUGAUGGCGUUGAUAACAAUAAUUGAAGAAAUGCAUUCUAAAAAAGAAAAAGUAUCAGAGGACUAUUCGAGAUUGUUCGAUGGUGAACUGAAUCCUGUUGCCGUUAAGGCGCAACGAAAAGUUCCGGUUCCUGAAGGGCUUAAUCUGGAUGAUGUUAUAAAUGAAGAAUCAGAAGUGGAAUCAGUGUAUGGAGAGGAAGAAGAGGAACACUUUAAACCAAAUAUUUCAUGCGAGGAUGAUCAUAGUUAUCGAGACGAAGUUAAGUAUGACAAAGGUGUGGAUCAACAUCAAAUGCAAAUGAGAAUAAAACAACGGCAGUAUGAAAUCGAGAAUAAUCCAUAUUAUAUGAAGAGUAUUGACAAGAAUAAGGUGAUAAUCAGUGAUAACAACAAAAAAGUCAAUGAACUAUUGAUCAUUAGUAAUAACAAAUCGAAUGAUAUCAAGAAACCAUCCAAGAAUGUCACCAGUAUGCACAAUUAUAAUCAUCCUUCACUCGAUCUGCAGAGUCCACUUGAGAUUCCUGGUGUGGUUGGAUUGGAUCGUUAUAUGCAACAACAACAGUCAACUUUGAGUUGGAAAUCAGCGAAAAAAGAUAAAAAUAAAAAGUUGAAAUCUAAAAAGGAAGUAAUCAGUUCGAGUGAUGAUGAUGACAUUCCAAUAAUUCAUCAGGUGAACCGUAGUGAAGGCGAUAUGCCUGAAAAUGCAAAGUCGACUGAUGAUGAAACGAACUCGGACAUUAAUGAUGAAAUGAAUGCAGUUUAUAAGGCGUUGGAUGUUGAUUUGAACGAUUCGAUCGGCAUUAAUAAUAAAAAAUUAAAUAGUAUCAAUAAGGAACAAAAUAUUGGUGAUAAAUCUUUUAAAAAGCGUUCAUCGAAUACUAGAAAAACCAAAAUCAAAAGAGAAAAACGCGAAAAGGGUGAGGAAAAAAGAAUUAAAAAGGUGAAAAGUAAAAAGGAUGAAGUCAAUUUGAUAAGCGGCAAUAACGGUGUAUUCGAUCAACAACCUCCUAAAAAGAAAUCAGCUAAAAAAUCAAAAGAAACUGUGUCGAAACAAAGUUCAAGACGGUCAAAUGACGCACACGCUAAUGUUGAUGCACCGAUCGAUAAAGACGUUUAUGAGGCAACGUCAGGCGUUUGUACACCAAGUUAUCAUCAUGCAGCCGUGGAUGUGUUCUCUGAAGAUAAUAAUCACUUAUUACUAUCACUGCACUCAUCGGGUAGUGAGCACAACAACAACUCGCUCAUUCGUCAUCAUCAGCAGCAGCAGCACUUCAAAUUCGUCGCUGAUAACCUCUUCUUAAAACUGAGACCGAUUAGAAUGCCAUUCGAAUUGAAUAGUGCGAAUGAAGAGGGUGAAUAUGCGUUCAGAUUCAUCAUUAAUACCAUAAGUACUCCUCAAAAACUCAAGGGGACUGUCACGUUCUUUGUUCAGAAGAAUGACGAGGAAACAUCCGAGGACAAGUUGGAUUUUAAAAUAAAUUUACCGACGCUAACAUUCCUAAUGCCAGCAACUAUUGGAUGUGAUGCUUUUGAAGUGCUAAUAACUUCGGGUGAUGUUGAUUUCAAGUCGUCGAUUCAGUUUGAAAUUGAUCUGAGAUGGAAACAUUUACUCAGUAAAAUCAUUUCGUGUGCUCAUUUCAGCGUGGUUGAAGAGCACGAUUGUUGUGUGUCGCUGUACGCUCACACCAUCAAAGCCGAGCCAGUCUGUGUUAUAGUCAAGCAGCAGGUUAUUAUUUAUUAG